AUGGAGCUCGUCGGCGACGAAGCAAAGUGGGACGCCAUCUUCGCGUCGCGCGAGGCGGAGCUCGUGGCCUCGGGCUUCCAGUGGCCCGAGGGCCCGCGGUGGACCAAGAGCAAGGGCUUGCUCUUCAGCGACACGAUCUCCGGCAAGAUGUACCGCUGGGACGAAGCCACGAAGAGCGCCGUCGUCUUCCUCGACGACGCCGGCGGCUGCCCGAAGGCGAACCUCGUCGAGGGCUACGAGUGCGCGGCGGGCCAGGCCGAGCCGGGCCCCAACGGGCUCUCGAGGGAGUACCCGUACGUCAAGAAGCGCAAGCCGAGCCACAACAUCGCCGUCUGCCAGCACGGCGCGCGGCGCCUCGCCCAGAUGGACCUGAAUUCCCGGGAGAUGACGGAGCUCGUCGCCUACGUCGACGGCAAGCGGCUCAACGGUCCCAACGACGUCGCGCGCGUCGGCGCGCACGACUUCAUCUUCACGGACCCCUACUAUGCUCUCUUAGAACAGGACCGCUUCUACGACCACGUCUACACGGAGGAGAAGUCGGAGCUGGGCUUCGCCGGCGUCUGGCGCCACGACGCCUUCGAAAACGUCACGCGCGCGCUCGUCGACGAUUUGGAAAGGCCCAACGGGCUGGCCCUGAUCCCCAGGGGCGACCAGCUCGUCGUCAGCGACUGCUGCCAGGGCGCGACGCCGACGUGCCCCGCCGGCGAGGCGCGCUGGAACGUCUACGACCUGUCGCGCGACCUGUGGCGGGCGACGUUCGUUAGGCGGAUCGAGCACGCCGACGACGUCAAGGAGGGCUGCGCGGACGGCUUCGUGUACCACGCCUGGUUCCACGUGCUGCUCGCCUCCUGCCCCGGGGGGUUGUGCGUCGUCGGCCUCGACGAGGGCGCGGUGAUCGCGAAGCUCCGUUUCGGGGGCAGCGUCGCGAACGUCGAGCUCGGCGGCGGCUACGCGUGGAUCACGGGCAACGGCGGCCUCUACCGCAUCAAGCUCAACGACGAAAAGCCCGCGGACGUCGUGAAGCCCUUCGCGGAGAGCCUCCAGGGCCGGGCCGAGACGGGCGCGCACCUCCGCCCGCCGCCGCCGUCGGCGGAGCUCUGA